AUGACCCUGGAGCAAGAGAUUCUUUCUCCAGAAGACAAAGAUCCAGUAAUCAAGCUGAUAAUAUUCAUCGACGGCAUCAUGCCCGUAACUCCUGCUACGCUGAGCUUCAAGCUCAUGAAUCAAUGGGCGGACAAGACAAAACAAGUAUACGCAUUUAUCACGGGAUACGACGCGAGCCACAACAACGAUCUCUGCCUGUUGACGUCUGAUGGAGUGACGGCCUAUUAUCCACCUCCAUCUGCCAGCUACAAUCACACUAUCAUCGCCAGCCCGGAUCUUGCUAUUCCACUGGGCGGCGUCGGUGUCGCCAAAACAGUAACAAUCCCAAAACUCUUCAGUGCCCGCAUCUACUUCUCCAUCGGCAACAAAUUGACUUUCUAUCUCAAUAAAAAGAGCGACACUGACAACGGAGCCGCUCUUGUCGAGCCCUCAGUCACCAACCCUACGGCCGACCCCAGCACGCCAGGCAACUACAACAUCCCCUGGGGGUUCUGCGAGCUCACCUACAACGACACCGAACUCUUCUGCAACAUCAGCUACGUGGACUUCAUCGGCCUCCCCAUUGCUCUUGAUUUGACCACCGUCUCCGGCCCCUCCCAGCACGUCAAAGGCAUCAAGUCCAACGGACUCGACACCAUCGCCAGCGCCCUAAAAUCCCAAGCCACCAGCGAGCACCAACCCUGGAACGAACUCGUGAUACCCGACAGCAGCGGCAAAACCCUCCGCAUCCUCAGCGCCAACGAAGCCCGCGAUCUCAAACCAACCCUCAACCUCUUCUCCGGCUACUUCGAGCCCUACGUGCAAUCCGUCUUCCAGAGAUUCACCCCCUCCUACCCCCUGUGCAUCGACACCCAGAACGCCACCUACGGCCUCGUCUCCGGCACCGUCGACCCCGUCUCCGGGAAUAUGAUCUUCAACGUCCCCUCCCUCCCCGGCGGCACCUGGUCUUUCGCCCCGCCUACCACGGCCAAUAUCUUUAAUUGCAGCAACGGGCCCUUCGACCCGCAUAAUGAUGAGAAGGGGAACUUGAGCGCGAGAUUGGCGGCCGCGUUUAAUCGGACGACGAUGCUGGAUUCGAAUAGUCAACCCGAUGGACCGGGCCAGGAGGGGUAUUAUGCGAAGAAUCCGACGAAUCAUUAUUCGAGGGUUUUGCAUGAGGCGAAUCUGGAUGGCCUGGGUUAUGCGUUUCCUUAUGAUGAUGUGCAGCCUACUAAUGGGAGGUUUUUGGCUGGGAAGGUCGAGGCGGCUGAUCCGUUGGAGUUUGUGGUUACGGUUGGUGGGGCGCAGUGGGGUGCGUAA